AUGGCGUUGUUGUUGUUGUGCCGGGGCGCGCGGAGAAAUCCUUCUGGGGUUUGGCAGAGUUUGGCAAAAAACAGCGUACAGCCAGUGACUUGGAUUCGGCAGAGAUUUACAAGGUCACGCAUUCCUGCAUCGGUAUUUCAGCCACGACCUGGUGAUCACGAAAAAUACGGGGGUGAUCCAAAGCAGCCUCACAAAUUGCAUCUUAUCACUAGGAUCAAAAGUGGAAUAAAGCGUCCUUAUUGGGAAAAGGAUGUGAUAAAAUAUCUUGGAUUGGAAAAGCGGUUGGAACCUGUAGUGCACAAAAACAUUCCUUCUGUGAAUGCAAAACUGAAAGUCAUCAAACACCUAGUAAGAAUACAGCCAUUAAAACUGCCUUAUGGAAUUCCAACUGAAGAGGAGAUGUCUGAUGUCUAUAUUAACAGCAAAGGAGAACUAAUAAUUCGCCGACGUCUACAGCCAGUGGAACAGAAAACCAUAGACUCUUCGUAAUAUGCAGUGAAUUUGUAUAAUAAAUAUAAUAUUUCCUUGAAA